AUGGGGGUCAGUGGAUCACGACCCAGCAGAGGUGUUAGCUCGGGCAGUUCAAGCACUCAAGCCAGUAAUGGUGGAUAUCACGGAUUAUCCUCCAGGAUGGGACAAAGAGAACCCCGAUCCCACGAGCGGAUCGAUAAGCUCACCAGGCAGAUCCAGUCUCUGAGCACCUCGGUCGCAAAAUUGCGCCGAGACAAAUCUACCUACCGUAAGCGUAAUAAUAAGCGUGGUGAUGAGGCAGCUAAGCCUGAUGUUAAGACAGGCUACUGUUUCAUUCACCGUAAUCGGCUAGAGGCGCCGAAACCGGAAGAUUUUCUCCUCCCACAGGAGUACAAGCGCAUAUUUGGCAAGGACUCCCCGAAGUUCCUCGUGGAAGAGGAGAAAGAACGGGAGGCAGCCAAAGAAGAGCAGAGAUUCAAGAAAAAAGAAAAAUUGCGCCGAGACAGAUCUACCUCCCGUCAGCGUAAUAAUAAGCGUGGUGAUGAGGCAGCUAAGCCUGAUGUUAAGACAGGCUACUGUUUCAUUCACCGUAAUCGGCUAGAGGCGCCGAAACCGGAAGAUUUUCUCUUCCCACAGGAGUACAAGCGCAUAUUUGGCAAGGACUCCCCGAAGUUCCUCGUGGAAGAGGAGAAAGAACGGGAGGCAGCCAAAGAAGAGCAGAGAUUCAAGAAGUCUGAAAACACCAGACACCGUGUCGAAGAUCAUUUUUCGACUCCACAAAACGGGAUUCCGGGAUCAGAUUUCUUUAGACAAUUCAGGGCCAAGGUCAAUUAUCAACUAAAUCAGUUAGAGUGGAACGACAUUUCCAUCCCUUUUGAAGAAAAGGAAAAUUGCGCCGAGACAGAUCUACCUCCCCUAGAGGCGCCGAAACCGGAAGAUUUUCUCCUCCCACAGGAGUACAAGCGCAUAUUUGGCAAGGACUCCCCGAAGUUCCUCGUGGAAGAGGAGAAAGAACGGGAGGCAGCCAAAGAAGAGCAGAGAUUCAAGAAAAAAGGAAAAUUGCGCCGAGACAGAUCUACCUCCCGUCAGCGUAAUAAUAAGCGUGGUGAUGAGGCAGCUAAGCCUGAUGUUAAGACAGGCUACUGUUUCAUUCACCGUAAUCGGCUAGAGGCGCCGAAACCGGAAGAUUUUCUCCUCCCACAGGAGUACAAGCGCAUAUUUGGCAAGGACUCCCCGAAGUUCCUCGUGGAAGAGGAGAAAGAACGGGAGGCAGCCAAAGAAGAGCAGAGAUUCAAGAAGUCUGAAAACACCAGACACCGUGGUGGAUAG